AAAAAUACCCAGGAAGUCUUUCCCCGGCAUAGAGAUAAGAGCAGAGAGACGCACAACCAUCGCACUCCUAUGAAGAAUUUCCGGUCUAAAAUUGAUCGCGUCUUCCUCUCUAACUAUAGAAGACUUCUACCAUAGAGUUGGCAAGGGAUAGAGCACCACCACUUUGCGUCUACAGACAAUAGGUCUCCGACUGUUGUGUCCGGCCGCUGGCCGCUUUCCAUUUUUACGGUGGCUUCAGGUUAUUGCUCAGCGUCAUGCGGUGCCUCCUCAUCAGCCAAGACAAGCGACAUAACCCAGUUGUUCUGCCUGAUGGUGUGACUGUGGUUCUGGGCCGAGGACCCGAGACACUCAUCACCGAUAAGAAAUGUUCCCGGACACAAGUGGAGUUGCUGGCAAAUUAUGCCUACCGAUCUGUUAGAGUCACACAGCGGGGGGUGAACCCCACAUCAGUGGAAGAGAUACACCUGCGCUGUGGGGACAGCACAACGCUCCAGGAGGGAGAAAUUCUGUGCUUGGUGAAUGGACUGUAUCCUUAUCACAUCCAUUUUGAGCAAGAUUCCCGCUCCCCCAAGAAAAACCUGCUGGAGUUCUUCAGCCCCAGGCGCCCCCUGAAUCAGGAUGACGGCAAGGCCCGACCUGCCAAGCGGCCCAAGGUCUCCUCCCCGUCUGAGGAGGAGGAGGAAGAAGACGACCCUUCAGUGCUUGAGAAGCUGAGGCAGCUGCAGGAGACGGCAGCUCAGGCUGAGCAGGCUGAGCAGGCCGACCCGCCCUCCCGGCAGACUCCCUCGAAGCUGUCUCCCCAGCCUCAGGACUCCUGGGAGGAUCAUGGCAAGCUCUUGGUCUUCACAAAGAAAGGGGUGGCGCCGAGUGCCAAAAUUGCGGGAUUUGAUCUGGAUGGAACCCUCAUCACUACGCAGUCUGGGAAGGUGUUUCCCACAAGCCCCGACGACUGGAAGAUCCUGUACCCCGAAGUUCCUCGCAAGCUGAAGCAGCUUCUGAGUGAGGGGUACAAGAUUGUGAUCCUCACCAACCAACUGGGCAUCAGCCGGGGGCGCCUCAGGCCUGAAGUUUUCAAAGCCAAAGCAGAGGCUGUGAUUGAGCGGCUGGGUGUCCCAGUGCAGGUCUUCGUGGCAACCAGCUCCGGCAUGUACCGCAAACCUGUUCUUGGCAUGUGGGACCAUCUGUGCAAGAAGGCAAACGGUGGCCUAGCAGUGUCUGUGCAGGACAGUGUCUACGUGGGAGAUGCAGCUGGGCGACCAGCAAACUGGGCCCCUGGGCAUAAGAAGAAAGAUUUCUCUUGCAGUGACCGCCUGUUUGCUCUGAAUGCGGGUCUGCCAUUCAAAACCCCUGAAGAAUAUUUCCUGGGCUGGAAAGAGGCACCAUUUACACUCCCCAGCUUUGACCCCCGGGCGUUGGAUCCUAAGGCACGGCUCUAUGACCCCCCAGAUGCUUGCUUAACCUCCUCCUCUCCAGAGCUGGUUGUGGCUGUUGGCUUCCCUGCUGCUGGCAAGUCCACCUUUCUGAAGCAGCACUUGGUUUCUGCGGGUUAUGCCUGUGCUAACCGGGACACACUUGGUUCAUGGCAGAAGUGUGUGGCUUCGGCCCAAGCAGCGCUGCAGGCGGGAAAGAGCACAGCAGUGGAUAACACCAAUCCUGACCUGGAUUCAAGGCGCAGGUACAUCGAGUGUGCCAAGGAGGCUGGUGUUCCCUGCCGCUGUUUCCUCUUCACUGCCUCACUGGAACAAGCCAAGCAUAACAACAGAUUCCGGGAAAUGACGGAGAAGGGACACGUGCCUGUGAAUGAUCCCGUCCUGCACAGCUAUAAGAGUAAGUAUGUGGAACCAUCACUGGAGGAGGGUUUCUCUGAAAUUCUCAAGAUUCACUUCGUGCCUCAGUUCAAAGACCCUCAGCUGGAGUCACUCUACCGCCAGUUUUCAGAGGGGUGAUAGCAAAUGGACACAACCAGACUCCAUAACUUGCACCUUCUGAAAGAGCCUUUUUGAAGUCCCCUUGUUAUCCUAGAUGGCACACUCAUGGGUGUGUGAACUCCCCCUGCUGGUCAAAGGGGAGCUUAGCCUUUAAGCUUGGCUGUUUGAAAUUGGAGCAGAAGUUGAUUUCCCCUCCCCUGUAAAAGAUAACUUAGGAGUCAUGUGAAAUAAAGCUUUGGAACCCCAAA